AUGAUCCAAAAUAGCGGUAUCGAAAUUCAUAACCGCUUUAUAUUAUGGAAAAUAUCAAUGAUCAAAAAUAUUGUAGUAACUAGUGCUAGCAUUAUAGACAAGCUUUCAAGUGUAACGUAUAUAAUGCCUCCAAUGUACAAAGACUUGAACAUUGAGCAUUCAUCACUGCUGAGAGGGCUUGAUGCUCCACUUUUGUCACAGUCAUUUCAUAUAUCUAGAUAG